GUGGUUCGGCUAUAAUAGAGAGAGUUCGUUUAUCAACAACACAAUGGCAAAACUUCACAAGUAUCAACAACACUAACACUCCAACAAUGGCGUUUCCUAAUGCAGUAGAUUCGACCCAAGAAUUUCUGGAUGCUCAAAGCCAUGUUUGGAAUCUCACUUUCAACUACAUAAAUUCCAUGUCUCUAAAGUCCGCUCUUCAAUUAGGCAUACCCGAUAUCAUUCACAAACACGGCAAGCCUAUCACACUUUCUCAGCUGGCCGACGCCCUCUCCAUCAACAAUGCCAAAUCCCACGGCCUCUACCGCCUCAUGCGAUUUCUAGUCCAUUCCAGAAUCUUCGACAAGGUGAACAUCUCCGACGACGAGGAAGAGGCUUACUCGCUCACUACGACUUUGCGUCUCUUGCUGAGAGACGAGCCCUUGAGCUUCGCCCCUUUUGCGCUCGCUAUGACUGAUCCGAUCAUUGUGGAUCCGUUCCAUAAUGUGAUGGAAUGGUUCAAAGAUGAGAGCCCAUCUCCAUUCGUCACGAGAAAUGAGAUGAAUUUCUGGGAAAAUGCAAAAAAGGAUAAGAAUUUUAAUCAAGUGUUCAAUAAGGGAAUUGUCCAUUCUAUGUCGUUCUAG